AUGGACAUUCACAGACGAAAAUGUAUAGAUCAGCGCGAUGUAUCGCACCUAUCGAAUCACUCUUCCACCAUCGAAGUGACCCCAGCCCUCGCGAUAACGCGUGAGGCAAACAGGAAGACCGCAAGGGUAUGUCCUAUUAGCGUGGAGCAAACAAUAAGGGAGUCCAACCGCACGGACCACACGGCCAGCCAAUUACCGGAUUACUUAUGCGAUUACAGAGCCACGAUCAGAGUCGAAGAGCUGGACGUUUUUUUUUCACCUCUGCGAAGCGGCACGCGUCACCUUUGUAUAUGA